CUGGCAGCGUGCUUGAGAGGCAGGGGCUCUGAGAGGAACAAGCCACAGGAUGCCAGAGAAAGAUGGCUCCCGGGAAGAGGCGGGUUAAAGGAGGAGUCUCAGUCACCAUGGAGGACUCACACCCCGAAGACACCAUGGAGCAACAGGAUUCACCCAAGGAGAGGAGGCCCAGCAGCCCAGGAGGCAACAUCUGCCACCUAGGGGCCCCACAGUGCACCCGCUGCCUCAUCACCUUCGCCGAUUCCAAGUUCCAGGAGCGUCACAUGAAGCGGGAGCACCCAGCGGACUUCGUGGCCCAGAAACUGCAGGGGGCUCUCUUCAUCUGCUUCACCUGCGCCCGCUCCUUCCCCUCCUCCAAGGCCCUGAUCAUCCACCAACGCAGCCACGGUCCAGCAGCCAGGCCCUCCUCGMCAGGUGCACCCACCCCUGCCCAGCCCACCUUCCCUUGUCCUGACUGUGGCAAGACCUUUGGGCAGGCUGCUUCUCUGAGGCGGCACCGCCUGGUGCAUGAGGCCCACACCCACCCUGGUCCCUUUGCUUGUACGGAGUGUGGUCAGGACUUUGCCCAGGAAGCAGGGCUCCAUCAACACUAUAUUCGACAUGCUCGGGGGGAACUCUGAGUACAGCUUAAGCCCCUCAACAGUGCUUAAGAUGCACACUUAAAAUGCGGGCUCUGGUUGGUGGGACCCACCCAUGAUAAGGGCACAGGUCUUCUGGGGGCUUUGGAGGGAUUUGCUUCCCACCCUGGGAAGGCAAAAAGGCUCUGGACAAAUAGGACCCAGAAGGCUGUCAUUUAGACUUUCAGUCUUUGGAGGACAUAGGUCCUUUAGGGAAACAGUGAAAUCAGCAAACAGUGAGAUCUUUUUAAGAAAAUGAGCAAGGAAAAAAAAAAAAAAGAAGAAAAAAAAUGCACAAUAGAGAAGGAAAAAUUAUUCUCCCUCAUUCCCAGUUAAAUAACUAGCUGCAGAUUGUGUAAUCACCUUUAAUGUUUCCCAGAUGGGUGCCAUGGGCUGCAGGAGCAAAUUGCCCUGAAUCUGUGCCUGAGUAGGGGGCAGGGAAGGGCGGUGCUGCUGUCCUGUAAUGAGACUGGGUGUGUUCCAGACCUGGAGCAACCUGGGUAUUUGGGGAUGGGGCAGCAAGGUGGGAGCCAGAC